GAAGUGUUGUUGCAAAGACACCCGCUGGAAUCCAUCACGAGGCCGCCGCCACGAACCGAAAUUGGCCAAGAUACCUGGACGAGCUUGGUCACUGCAGCUGCUUCCAUCGAAAACAGGUUGCAGGUCCACUUCAGCGUGGUCUGUCGUGAAACUGAUGUGGGUGAUGAGCUUCGUCUAGUAGGGAGCGUGGCUGCCCUGGGGAAUUGGGAUCCUGAGAAAGGCCUGGUGCUACGAACAUCAGGGGAAGACUUCCCGGUGUGGCAUGGCAGUUGCAGCUUCACAGAGGAGGUCCAUUUCUUCGAGUACAAGUACGUCAUGUUCUGCAACCGCGGGACUGCAGUGCGGUGGGAGGAGGCGAUCUCCAAUCGACGGUUUGAACUCACCCGCUCGGAGUUGAAGGGAGGUGACGUGAUCUGCAGCUGCCAGGCAUGGAACACUCCAAGCCAUUCGGUGAAGGCUGGCACUGACUGA